AGUGGAUCAGUAUAUGUAUGGCGGUAUAGUGUGAGUUUUGAGAUGAUUGAAAGACCCCCAAUAUUGGCCAAUAUCGACCCAUCGGUUUUGAAAUGGAGUAAAUGGAUCAUUAUCUUGCUUAUUGCCAGAGCACCAAGGCCUGUUUCAUGGGCUAACUUUAUUGCAUUGAAUCCAUUGAUAAGAAAGUUGUUGCAAAGGGUUGUUAAGACCUAUAGGAAAGAUUUUGAACUGGCUACGGUGAAACGGAGACUUUCGAAACUAUCUAAUUUCAUAACUAGUGUAUUUCUACUAUUUGCUAGUGCUGAUAAUGAUAAGAUUCCUAAAGAUUACGGACUGAUAUACAUUUGGAUGAGUUACUACGGAGAGUUGAAUCCUCCAAGUGCACUGAAUAUCUUGGUUUCGCCUCACAUUUCACCGUUUCUUAAGGUUAAUCAUUACCGAUCCAAAUGGCUAACCAGGAUUUAUCGGAAUAAAGAAUAUGUUAUCUACCCGAUGAUAUUUGCCCAGAUACUUUCUAACUAUUUAACUCCAACACGGUAUAAGCUCAACCAGCGGUAUUUGUCCAGCUCUAUCAAAAAAUGGCUUUUGAAUCCGAUAUGGAUUAACUAUUCUCUAGGGGUUGGUUAUCAUAGUCUAGACUGGUUGGGACUUUUCAAGAGUUAUUUAUUCCACAAUGUGUGUAUAUUCAGUUUUAUUGCUUUAACAAAUUUCAAAGCACGCUUCCUUGAUCGUUAUUAUGAAUUGAAACAUAAGAUUUAUCCAAUCAAAACUGAAACUUACUUUGGUAUUAUUAAGAAUUAUCUUUUGUAUGCUUUCCAUACAAGUAAUUCUAUCAUCAACUUUAUCUAUUGCUCAAAUCUACUUUCUAUAUUUUUCAUUACUAUAUCCUCACCAAUAUUAGCAUAUUCAGCUAAUCCAACAUCUCCAGCAAACUUUUUUCAAAGGUUAUACUUGACCCAUUCAAAAUUCUUCUUUAAAUCUUACGUUAAGACUAUUGGUGCGUUGGCAGCAUUUAUCACUUUAUACAUUAAUUCAAUGGAUCUUUUGCCAGAUACCGGAUACCACUCAACAGCUUACGAAAAUAGCCUAGAAGAUAGUUUCCAUAAUGUGAGAGAAUCGAAGAAUGUUCGUAGAAUAUCCAAGAGUUUUUUCGAUGCCUUAAAUCUUUACCUUUUCAGAUUAAUUCUUCUAUCCAAGUGGAGAAUAUUGAAAGAGAAUCACCCUUGGUUCAAAUUAUUGACUCUCAAAUCCUGGAAUAGAAUUGAGGCAAUCGCAAUGAGUUAUGGAAUUUGGAAAAUAAUGAACUUGAAUGAUUUUGUUCGUUGGAAUAAUAUUCCAGAAAAUUUCCGUGAAUGUGCCAGAUUACAAAAUGAAUCGUUAAUUAAAUUGGUCGAUCGGAUAAUGUAA